AUGUUAAGAGCUCAACUCAUGCUGUUCCGCGUUUACGAAGGUAGACAGAAAAUCGAUCAGCAAUACCCGAAGAAAAUAGCUUAUUAUUUUUAUAAAAUCCUGAACCAUCCUCUCUAUGCCGACUUAGACAAUGCGCUUAAAGUGAGAUUAAGUAGCGCAAUUGCUAGAUCAUCGAAUGAUUAUAAAACUCUAUUAUUCCAACCGGUUUUUUGUCUAAUGAAUGUUGCAUACGAAGAAUACAUGUACACGGCUAUUCAAGCAAAACUUGAUUCGGAAAACCGUUUUAUAUGGGUGUGGCACGAGAAGAAAUACAUUGAUGAUGCUGGUCAUAUUAAAGCUGAGAUUAUCGAGCCGUCAAAUGGUAAUGCGUUCGAUUUUAAAGUCAAAUUAAUCGGAGUAAAAUUCAAUCUACCAUAUCAUCGCUUGGACUAUCAUCAAUUUGCUAUAGGUGGUUGGCAAGGAUACGGACAGCCCGAGAACUAUGAUUGGGAUUUUCAAUUUGCUGACGACGACUUAAUUGUUUUCCAACAGGACGGUUUCACGAUGUGCGUCGGUGAUAAUCAAGAUACGGAGAGACGUAACGUGUAUGGAUUCAUGGAUAGCGAGCAUACUGCUAAAGAUGCUAUUUGCCAAUGGAAAAUUGGAAGUUGCGAUCGCCGAUAA